AUGUCGCUUCGAAGUGUAUCACCGCAAUCGUCAACAAAUAGUAUACCAUCUACCUCCUCACAUCGCAUUCAACCUCAAAGGGUUGGUAGAGAUAAACAACCUAGAAAUAUGUCUAAACACCCUUACAGGACAGAAUUUCGGGAAAGGCAAGGAUCAGAAUCAGAUGAAAGUACCGGUCCUUACACCUCAUCUCCACCACGUAAAAGUUUCUUUAGAAGAUUGACAUCGUUUUCGUGUUUCGAAUUCGAUGAUUCAGAUCCAGUAGCCCGAUAUAGACCUAAACACGAAGAGAUAUUUGGUAAAAAUCCAAUAUAUCGAAAUCAGCAAAUACAUCCUCGUAAUCCAGAACAAGCGAGGAUGAUUCCAUCACAAAAUCAAAAUCAAGUUAAUUCUCGAGCACCGAAUAUUUUCGCAGGUGGAACGACGGGCGGUAGUGGGACCGCAGGCGCAAGUGCGGGCGCUGCAGCAGGUUGUGGUGGUGGUGGUGCUUCAUGA